UCCUCUUCUCUUCCUCCUCUCCGCCCGCCGCCUCGCCUGCGCACGUCUCCGCUCCGCUCCGCUCCAACCCGCACCGCGAGCCGCCGGUGAGUACCAAUAGCGGUUUAGGUCCGCCCCUGCGGCUACCGACAGGCCGAAGGGACGAGGGGAGGCGAGGGGAGGGUGCCGGCGCGGCGGCGGCAGACACGAUGAGCGACGACGUGAUAUGGCACUGCAUCCGGCACAACCACUGCAGCUUCAUGGCCAAGAUCACGACGGGGAUAUUCUGCCGGAACCCCUACAACGCCACCGGCAUAUGCAACCGGAGCUCCUGCCCGCUCGCCAACAGCCGCUACGCCACCAUCCGGGACCAUGACGGUAUUUUCUACCUAUACAUGAAAACCGCUGAAAGAGCUCAUCUUCCAAACAAAUUAUGGGAGAGGGUCAAACUACCCAGGAAUUAUGAGAAAGCAAUGGAAGUCAUCAACAAGCAUCUUGAAUUUUGGCCCAAGUUACUUGUGCACAAGAUUAAGCAGCGCCUGACAAAAAUGACUCAGUAUCGGAUAAGAAUGAGGAAGCUUCAACUGAAAGUGAGAGAGAAGGUCAUGACAGUGCCCAGGAAAGCAGCUCAGCGCCAUCUCAGAAGAAUGGAUAAAGCUGAAAAGGCAGCUCAAUUAGAAAAGAAUAUUGAAAGUGAAUUGAAGGAACGGCUGAAGAAAGGUGUCUAUGGUGACAUCUAUAAUUAUCCGUUCAAAGAGUUUGACACUAUUCUUGAGAUGGAAAAAGAUGAUUUAGCUACUGAGGAAGAGGAAGAAGAAGAGGUGGAAGAGUAUGUUGAAGGUGAUGCGAUGGAUGACAUUGAAGAUAUGGAAGACUUUGAAGGCCUCCCUGAUGGUGAUGAUGGUGACUCUGAUGAAGAUGAUCUUUCAGAUGAACCAGUAGCUAAGAAAUCCAAAGGGACAGGUUCUGAUCUGAGAUCAAAUAUAGGGAAAAAAUCAAAGAAGAUUAUCACUGAGGUGGAGGAUGAGGACACGGGCAUCAAAAGAAGGACGCGAAUGUGAGUUGUGAGAGCACUGGCUUCAAUUACAAGCCGUAGGUGCUGUCAAUUUUUGCUGUACCUGCGAUUCAGUAUUAGUUGCUGACAAAUCAAGAUGAAUUUUGGGUCGUUCAACAAUUAGGUAAAGUCUUGUAAGAGCGAAUUGCGGAAGAUUGAAGAUUAUUACGUAGCAAGAAUUUUAUAGGGAAAUGUUUGGACCAAGAUGGCUGUAUCUACGACCCAAUUGGGCUCUGUGUCUGAAGAGGUGGCCUAGCCUACGGUCCAAUAUGAGCUAUUGUUUUGCGUUAUAUACCUACAUAUAACCUGGGCCUGAAGCGGACAUCUCUCACGUCAGGAAAAGGUGUAGAUCACCGUUUGAGGUUUGGCACUCUGGUUAAUCCACCCCUUGAGCUAUUAUUUUUCCAUCUUGUGAACUGUUUUUUUCACUUUUGUGUCACGACUUGUGUCUAGUUUAUAUAGCUAUGUAUUGGUGAGGGUUGACAAAGG